GCAGAAGUUAGAGACGGCUGGUAUGAAGAAACCACGUGAUGAAUCUUACUUCCUCUAACUGUCUGCUCUUUUGUGAUCAGGGGCGCAGAGAUGGCGGGUACGAGAAUAACAAACAUCCAGAGUGCAGCUAAGCAGUCACCCAAGAUUCAGCUUCCACAGCGCAGUUCAGCAGCGCUGGAAGCUGUGCAGAUACGAAAAAAGAGCUCGCAGAGUUCUGGAGACCGACUCAGUCAGUCCAAGUCCAUGGUCCUGCAGGAGUCAGACCUGCCUCCGAAACCAAUCUCUCGGCAUCGCAGAAAUCAGUCCCAACACAAUGUGGUCGUCCCAGGAAGUGGAGCGUCUGUUUUGGAACCAUUUGUGGGACUAAAAGGUGAACACCUGAAUGUGACCAAGAUCUCAGAGAGCGGUAAGAAGCAGAGGAAGAAUUGGACUGUGAUGUGGAGUGUGCUGACGACAGACCAACUGCUGUUUUAUAAAGAAAAACAACAUGAAAGUAGUCAGAAAACAAGUAAGACAGACGUGGUCCACCUGUGUGGAGCUCUAAUCCAGUGGACCACAGAGAAGUCAAGCAGGAAAAAUGUUUUCCAGAUCACAACAAACACAGGGAGUGAGUACCUCCUGCAGACUGACUGCUACUCCACUGCCGGUAAAUGGUACGACGCCAUCAGAAAGAGCGUCGACUCUUCGACAAAGUCAGACGGAGGUUUUUCUCUGCGGAGAUCAAACAGCACAGAUUUCCUGCCCAGACACAGCUCCCUACCUGGACAUGGUUCUGCUUCCCCCAGCAGCAAGCAACGCAACCCGGUGCACCGACGCUCCAUCAACAUGUUUGGCAGCUCAAAGCUGAAACACAGCACGUCAGACAGCGCAGACAAGAAUGGAGUAAAAAACCGACUGAAAAAGUUCAUCAUCAGACGUCCGUCCAUGAAGACUCUGCAGGAAAAAGGCCUCAUCAAAGAUCGAGUUUUUGGCUGCCAUCUGUUGACUCUCUGCGAGCGAGAAGGAAACACGGUGCCAAGGUUCGUUCAGAUCUGUGUAGACGCCGUGGACAAAAGAGGUAUGGAAGUUGACGGGAUUUAUAGAGUCAGCGGGAAUCUCGCCACAAUCCAGAAACUGCGCUUUGUUGUUGAUCAAGAAGAGGAGCUGGACCUGGACCAGGGUCAGUGGGAGGACAUCCACGUGGUCACCGGAGCUCUGAAGAUGUUUUUCCGUGAGCUUCCUGAACCGUUGUUUCCCUUCAGGUUCUUCCAGCUGUUUGUGGAUGCCGUCAAGAUCAAAGAAUCCAAACCAAAAGUUCAGGCUGUGAAGAAACUGAUUCAGGAGAUGCCAAAACCCAACAAGGACACCAUGAAGCUGCUCUUCAGUCACCUGCACAGAGUUCUGGCAUUUUCCAGGAAGAACCUGAUGUCGACUCAGGGCAUCGGCAUCGUGUUCGGCCCCACGCUGAUGUGGCCCGAGCUGGACGCGGGAAACAUGGCGGUCAACAUGGUCUAUCAGAACCAGAUCGUGGAGUUUAUUCUGAUCGAGAGCCGGGAAAUCUUUAACCUGGACACCAAGUGACUUGUUUAGACAAAAUAGAACCAAGCGUAACAAAGUCCUUUUUUUUUCAGGUAACAAAACGAGCACCUGGUUUGGACUGCACUGUAAAAAAUAAAAUGGGAAUUAAAAUUAAA